GGUUAGCACACGGGUCAGUUCGUGCCGUCGUUUUACCCGCGUUAAAAAAGCUGCCGUGUGUCUGCGGGAGAGGAGAGAGGCUGCAGGAAGGAAGCGACGCGGCGCAGCAGACGCUGAGCGGGGCCUGCGUACCGGCUGCCUCUGGGUCCUGGAACCGGCCGGUGAAACCGUCCGAUACCGCCACAGCUCUGCGCCUUCAUCGUAUCAACCGGGAGGUGAAUGUCAGACAGCUCCAGGAUGCUGCCCCCCUCAUUCAUGCCAACCUGCUAUUCACCACGGGACAUUUGACUCACCAAACAUGAUGAAGACUGAGCCUCCGUCGGCCACGGGAGGCAACGGGGCCUCCGGUGGGAGCAACGGGAGCUCUAAUCUGCGAAGUCCGUCUCCCCACCGCAAUGCCUACGAGGCAGGUCUUGCGGCGCUGAAGAAGGCCACAGACCACCUCAACAAUGCCGCCAAUGGAGGCGCUGACCCUGCCUCAAAACCCGCUCCUCUGCCCCGGCCUACUGGGAGGGGCCGGAAAUAUGGCUCAAAUGUUCACCGUAUCAAGAACAUGUUCAUGCAGAUGCAGUCUCCCGGCGAUGAAGAGGAUGGAGCCAAAAUGAUUGUAGGUAAGGAACAGGCAGUGAAACUGUCCCUGCCGAGAGUAUCCAGCCUCAAUGAGCACGUCGACCACAGCGCCCUGCUGAAACUGGGGGGCACGGUCUCUGAAAGGGUAAACCGUUUUGACUCUAAAGUUGGUAGGGAGGGCAGUGGCUCAUCUGUGGGCUUGUCCAAGCUCCAGGAGACCAGGAGGAUCUUUGAGCAGCGGACUCUGCAGGAGAAGCAAGCUGCCACUAACCGCAUCUUGCUGAAGAAAGAGCGGGCGUCGGGCUUCCAGGGCAGCCGUCUAGAUGUUGUGGCUCGCUUUAAUGGGUCCACCGAAGCUCUGGACCGGCUAGAUGAUCCCCCUGUUCCCACCCCUCCUUCUAUUUCGUCUACUGCAGCUUUAGCCGGGCCAGGCGAGGCCGUCAGUCCCACUGUGAGCCAGCUCAGCGCCGCAUUCGAAAAGGGUGACCUGCAAAACAAUCUCUACCUCCCCCAGCGUCGGUCAGCCCCUGCUUUGGCACCAAAACCCAAACCUCCACCCAGGGUGGAAGCAGCAGACAGGAAGACAAAGGUGAUACCUGCAGAUAAGGACGAGAAAGAUGAGGUAAAAGCAGGAGUUAUAAGUAACCAGGCAGCAGAGCUACAUGAAGAAACGGGUUCUCUAGAAAGGAACAUGGAGGGAGCCGCGACCAAUGAAGAGAAGGAUGCAUUUGGACUGUCGGGGGACCAGCUCUCCAACUCUUCCUAUUCCUCCUCUUCCUCAGUGACUGUCACUUCCAUCUCCUCUUCAUCGGAGGCCAAACCAGAGCUGGCAGCAACUGAGGCCAAGGGUUCGAGUACAGUGGAAGCCUCUGGGCUGCAGCCACAGUCUGGCGAUCAGGACAGCGCCACUGCGGGAUCUGAGGCCGCGGGUAGGCUGGUGCAAGCUGAGGUUCAUGCCUCGCUGGAAAAUGGAGAGAAAGAGCCUCCAUCUUCCUCUCCUUCAUCGGAGGAGAAAGAAGAGGACUCUGAGGAGAGGGCCAAAGAAGAUGAGAAUGACGAGGAUGGUUCAAGGAAGGAGGAUUAUUCUGAGGGAGAUCUGAUAGAUAUCAGCGCAUACAGCGGGCUUGGGGAGGAGGACUCUGGGGGAAGCCAGCUGGACGAUGAGGACGACGAAGACGAGGAGGAGGCAUAUCAGCCAGAGUCCAGCUGCUCAGAAAUCCCUGGCCUUCCUGAGGAAGAGGAGCCUCCGCCACCCAGUAGAAAGAUUCGCUUCAGCACUCAGCCAAUCAGAGUCUUUACCACCUACUCUAAUGAAGAUUACGACCGACGUAAUGAUGACGUUGACCCCAUGGCAGCGUCAGCUGAGUACGAGCUGGAGAAGAGGGUCGAAAAGUUGGACCUGUUUCCCGUCGAGCUGGAGAAAGACAGUGACGGCCUCGGUAUCAGUAUCAUUGGUAUGGGUGCAGGAGCUGAUAUGGGCCUGGAGAAGCUGGGGAUCUUUGUUAAGACGGUCACUGAGGGCGGAGCUGCGCAGAGAGACGGCAGGAUCCAGGUGAAUGACCUCAUAGUGGAGGUUGAUGGGACCAGCCUGGUUGGUGUUACUCAGAGCUUUGCUGCCACUGUCCUCCGCAAUACCACCGGCAAAGUCAGGUUUGUGAUUGGCCGGGAGAAGCCGGGGGAACAGAGUGAAGUGGCUCAGCUGAUCCAGCAGACUCUGGAACAGGAGAGGUGGCAGAGAGAGAUGAUGGAGCAGAGAUACAAACAGUACAUGGAUGAUGAUGAGGAGACAGGUGAAUAUGCGACAGACGAGGAGGAGGAGAUGAGUCCGAUGUUUCCGAACUCGAUAGAGGUUUUCGAUCUGGCAGAAAACCAGGAAAUGCUGUCCCCUGUGGAGCUGGACCCAGAGAAACUGGCCCACAAGUUCAAAGAGCUCCAGAUUAAACAUGCAGUAACCCAGGCUGAGAUCCAGCUGCUCAAGAGGAAGCUGGCUCACGCAGAGCAGGAUAAGUUGCGUUGGCGGAUGGAGCGUGCUCAGUUGGAGCAAAAUAUCCGGGACAGUAAAGAGAGGAUGGAAAAACUUGAGGGCUACUGGAUGGAGGCACAGUCUCUAUGUAAGGCUGUGGAUGAACACCUGAAGGAAACUCAGGCUCAGUAUCAAACCCUGGAGAGGAAAUACAGCAAAGCCAAGAGGCUGAUCAAAGAAUACCAGCAGAAGGAGAUCGAGUACCUGAAGAAAGAGACUGCUCAGCGUCGGGCACAAGAGGAGAGCGAGGCAACACACAAAGAGGAGACAGACAACCUGCAGGAAAAGAUUACAGACUUGGAGAUCAAAGUGGAUGCCUUGAAGACCCCCAAUCCCUCCUAGACUGCUGCUACUUCCUGCCUCCUGUCUGCGACUGAAGGAGGAGGAGCUCCCCCAUCAUCCUACCGCAGGGGGGCUGUAAUUUAUUCCAAUCAACCAUUCACUGCAACGGACAGGUAGCAGAGGAGGGAAAAAAUCCCAGCAAGUAGAAGAGAGGACCGUGGAGAAGGAAAGACUCAACCUCUCAUGUGACAUCUGCCAAUGGCUUAGUGCUCCGUCAGUCAACAACAAAUCCCAGAAUGCACCUUCUGUCAUAUCCAGAAUCCUCCUUUUGUGUCUUCCUGGCAACUGGCUUGGCAUUCAACCUGGAAACCAUAUUCAGCAACUCAGUUUGUAGACGAUGUGUUUUCUCCUCUCUUUAGCAGCAUCUUACCCAGGUUCUGUGAAUAAAUCCGAUUUAUUAAAAACAAAAAGCGCUUUUAAUAACCAGGCUCGUCACAAAGUGCUUUAUAGAGCGACAGAGGGAAUGAAGCAGAGCAAAAGGGACAAAAGGACUGCUGUUAUACGACCUUUGAGAGAAGAGGACGAGCGUGUUCUCUGCCCGUGGCGAUGCUCGUUUUCAUCUGAAACUACCAGGAGAAGCGGUGACCUUAUUUUUAGAGACACGACACCUUUCAAGAAGUGGAACCUCGGUAGUAAGACUCGACAAAACUCUGAUGACCACCGCACCGCCCAUUAGCGAAGUAAUAAAAACUAUGGAGCAAGAUGGCCUCUGUGUUUCAAAACUGUCAAA